AAUAAGCCAAUUCUUAAUUGUUGGAUGUCAUUGUUGUAGGGUUACGAUUUUCACGCUCAUUUUUUAACCAUCUGCACUCUAAACUGUAUAUUUUACAUUCUUUCUACUCACAUAGGAGUGCAGGAGGUUGAAAAUGAGUGCAAAAAUUACGGUGUGAUAGAGAUUCACAUAACUGCUCCUAGUAACAUGAACUUGCUUACUUGAGUUAAAAACCUUGCUUGAGGUUUCCUUCAAAUAGGUCUUCUUGAAGGCUGAUUUGGUGCUCAAAAACUUAAUUAGUCGAAAGUUGCGGCAUCUCAAUGAUUGUGGCUGCAUUUAUCUCAGUGCUACAACCAGUGGAAAGUUGAAAGUUGGUGCUUAAUGAUAGGAAAGCUUGCUUAGUUGGGUUCUUUGAUAAUAACAGAAGGGAUGCUGGACCACUGUUAGUGUGGCAUAUACUGGACUGCACUAGCUUGUUUACACGUUUAAAUUACGAUGGGAAUUUGUGAACAUACAUCUCGACAAGAGGAAACCACGCUGACACAGUUACACCAGCUGGGUUGUAACAUGGAUGCAUCACUCUCCGUGGACAGUGAAGGACAAAUGGUGGAUGCUGGUGGUAAACACGGUGGUUGGAUCAUCUUUUUAUUCAUCAUAGGAACUUUAAUGUGCUUGACACUUGCUGCUGGAGGAUGGCAAGCAAAUCUAGUUGUGUAUCUGAUUGAGGAGUUUAACGUGAAGAGCAUUGAUGCUACUCAGGUGUCAAAUGUUGUCAAUGGUUGCACUACUUUAUUUCCUAUCAUUGGAGCAAUUGUUGCAGACUCCUUCUUUGGCUGUUUCCCUGUCAUCCUGAUCUCAUCUUGUCUCUUUUCUGGUAAUACCCUCGCUCUGUCUCUACUCUAACACACACGCUCACAUAGCCAUGAUAGUUCUGUUAAUUGUUGAUGUGGGAUAAUACACUUCCAAUUUGCAACAUAAUGUUGAGUUUUAUAGGAUAAUACACUUUCAAUUCUCCGCUUAAUGGAGCGGUAUUAGCCUACGACGAAGCAUCUGAAUCCUUAAUAGCCAUUGCUUUUUACUUGAGCACGGCGCUGGUUGAUCUUGUUCGGAGGGUUACGGAAUGGCUGCCGGAUGAUAUAAACGAAGGGAGGAUAGACAAUGUGUUCUAGGUGGUGGUUGUGAUAGGUGUGCUCAACUUCGGUUAUUUUCUGUUAUGUGCCAAGUUGUACAAGUAUCAGAACGAUAAGGGGGUAGAAGAUAGUAGCUCCUAAGUCUCUCAAGGCUAGAAAAUAAAAUGUCUAUCGAUCUUAUACUGAAAUAUGAACUAUUUAUUGGCCUAAAUCUAAUUUUCUAGAAUGCCGUCAUUCAAAUAAAAAGAUUAGUGUUUAAGUUCUUUAUUUGGACAAUACUAGUCUACGUCUUCCUGCUCACAAAGAUUCCUCUUUUUUUCUCUCUUUUCGUGUGGUCAUAUUAUUGUCUUUUUAUUUGAUUUCUUAUCUCCGAAGUUAUACUUUUUCUCCCUACUUAUAGGAACGAUUUUGGAGAUGGAAAAUCAAAUAUCGAUUUUGUUAUCUUGUGAAUAAUUUAUCAUUUCCAGCAUUAUUGGUAUACCUACUAUGGCAAGUAUGUUAGCCAACAAUAAUAAGCCAAUUCUUAAUUGUUGGAUGUCGUUGUCAUAGGGUUACGAUUUUCAAGCUCAUUUUUUAACCAUAUGCACUCUAAACUGUAUAUUUUACGUUCUUUCUACUCACAUAGGAGUGCAGGAGGUUGAAAAUGAGUGCAAAAAUUACGGUGUGAUUAGAGAUUCACAUAACUGCUCCUAGUAACAUGAACUUGCUUACUUGAGUUAAAACCCUUGCUUGAGGUUUCCUUCAAAUAGGUCUUCUUGAAGGCUGAUUUGGUGCUCAAAAACUUAAUUAGUCAAAAGUUGCAGCAUCUCAAUGAUUGUGGCUGGAUUUAUCUCAGUGCUACAACUAGUGGAAAGUUGAAAGUUGGUGCUUAAUGAUAGGAAAGCUUGCUUAGUUGGGUUCUUUGAUAAUAACAGAAGGGAUGCUGGACCACUGUUAGUGUGGCAUAUACUGGACUGCACUAGCUUGUUUACACGUUUAAAUUACGAUGGGAGUUUGUGAACAUACAUCUCGACAAUAGGAAACCACUCUGACACAGUUACACCAGCUGGGUUGUAACAUGGAUGCAUCACUCUCCGUGGACAGUGAAGGACGAAUGGUGGAUGCUGGUGGUAAACGCGGUGGUUGGAUCAUCUUUUUAUUCAUCAUAGGAACUUUAAUGUGCUUGACACUUGCUGCUGGAGGAUGGCAAGCAAAUCUAGUUGUGUAUCUGAUUGAGGAGUUUAACGUGAAGAGCAUUGAUGCUACUCAGGUGUCAAAUGUUGUCAAUGGUUGCACUACUUUAUUUCCUAUCAUUGGAGCAAUUGUUGCAGACUCCUUCUUUGGCUGUUUCCCUGUCAUCCUGAUCUCGUCUUGUGUCUCUUUUCUGGGAUUGGUCCUAUUCACUUUGACUGCAACUCUUGAUUCCUUGAGGCCCCCUUCAUGUGAGAAUGGAUCUAGCUUGUGCGAAACACCAUCAAAAGUUCAGUUUGCAGUCCUAUAUGCUAGUAUAACGCUGGGAUCAAUUGGACUGGGAGGCACUCGCUUUACCAUAGCAACAAUGGGAGCAAACCAAUUUGACAAGCCUAAAAAUCAAGGGAUUUUCUUUAACUGGUUUUUCUUUGCCAUGUAUACCGCGCAUGUUGUAAGUGCUACUGCCGUUGUGUAUAUUGAGGACUGUGUCAGUUGGGGGUUGGGAUUCGGCCUAUCUGCUCUUGUUAAUUUGAUUGGUCUGGUUAUAUUCUCAUCUGGAAUCCAUUUCUAUCAUCGUGAUAAGCCACAAGGUAGCCCAUUCGUGAAUAUAGCUCGUGUUGUUGUUGCUAGUAUCCGGAAAUGGAAUGUUAAACUCCCACCCCGAAGGGAGGAUUACCACUACCACAACGAAGGAGAGGCAAAGACAACUCCCGCAGCACCUAAAAAGAGUUUCAGAUUCCUGAACAGUGCAGCCCUGGAAACAGAAGGGGACUUGAAGCCCGACGGCUCAAUUGCAAGGCCAUGGAGGUUGUGCACACUCCAGCAAGUAGAAGAUCUCAAAACUAUCAUUAGAAUUUUCCCCUUGUGGUCAUCCAGCAUAUUUAUAAGUACCCCAAUAGCGAUUCAAAUGAGCUUAACGGUCCUGCAAGCUCUAAAGAUGGACCGUCACAUCGGAUCACAUUUCAAAGUCCCGGUUGGAUCUGUCCUGGUCGUGGUUACAAUCGCCACUUGCAUCGCUCUCCCAAUAAUUGAUCGUAUCCUAUAUCCCGUCUGGCAGAAACUGACCCAUAAAUCUCCGACUCCCCUCCAAAGACUAGGAAUUGGUCAUGUCCUAAAUAUCACAGGCAUGGCUGUUUCCGCAUUAGUCGAGUCAAAGCGUCUCAAAACAGCUCACGGUUCCAAGGUGCCAAUGUUCGUCAUGUGGUUAUUCCCACAGUUGGUUUUGGUGGGCAUCGGUGAAGCAUUUCAUUUCCCGGGGGAACUUCAGUUUUGCUAUCAAGAAUUUCCAGCGUCACUUCAUACCACGGCAACUGCAAUGGUCGCGAUGAUAAUAGCCAUUGCUUUUUACUUGAGCACGGCGCUGGUUGAUCUUGUUCGGAGGGUUACGGAAUGGCUGCCGGAUGAUAUAAACGAAGGGAGGAUAGACAAUGUGUACUGGGUGGUGGUUGUGAUAGGUGUGCUCAACUUCGGUUAUUUUCUGUUAUGUGCCAAGUUGUACAAGUAUCAGAACGUUAAGGGAGUAGAAGAUAGUAGCUCCUCAGUCUCUCAAGGUUAGAAAAUAAAAUGUCUAUCGAUCUUAUACUGAAAUAUGAACUAUUUAUUGGCCUAAAUCUAAUUUUCUAGAAUGUCGUCAUUCAAAUAAAAAGACUAGUGUUUUAAGUUCUUGAUUUGGACAA